AUGAACUCAAUACCUGUGUCAGAGAGAGCUAAAGAAGUUAAGACUUUAGAUCUAGAUCAUGAUACUUUGCCGAUUGAAAGAGCCCUUGGAGUCCAGUGGUGCGUCGAGUCUGAUUUCUCCAACUUCAAGCUGGAAUUGAACAAACAACCGCUUACCAGACGAGGAAUUCUGUCGAUGGUCAGUAGUGUAUAUGACCCAUUAGAAUUUUUGGCUCCAUUUGUACUCAAGGCCAAAUGUAUCCUCCAAGAACUUUGCAAGAUGCAAUUAGGAUGGGACGAGAGAAUUCCAGAUGACCUCGUAAUUCAGUGGAAUCAUUGGUACCAGCACCUCCAGAAACUAGAAGACUUCAAAGUGAACAGGUGUAUCAAGCCCUUUGGAUUCAAUCCGGUCAUUGCGCAGUUACAUCACUUCUCUGACGCAAGCGAAACAGGAUAUGGCACAGUGUCCUACUUACUACUGGAGAAUACAGACGGAGAAAGUCAUUGUUCCUUCAUCAUGGGAAAAUCUCGUGUUACACCACUUAAACAGACAAUCAUUCCAAGACUGGAGUUAACGGCAGCUACUAUAGCCGUCAAAACCAACAAGAUGUUACUGACUGAGCUAGACAUGCCCAUCGAUCGCGUUAUAUUCUGGACCGACAGUAUGGCAGUAUUACGUUAUAUUCAGAACAGAACUGCAAGAUUUCAUACUUUCGUAGCUAACAGACUAGCAGUGAUACAUGAAGGAUCACAGCCAAGCAAUUGGAGAUACAUUAACACGAAAGUCAACCCAGCUGAUUACGCAUCAAGAGGUAUAUCGGCCAACAGCCUUAUCAUGCAAGAAAACUGGAUCAAGGCCCUGAGUUUUUUUUAUUGUAACCAGAGGAUCAGUGGCCCAAACAUCCAAUGGAGAUCGCUGAUACAGAAUUAUUGGACAAUGACCCAGUGGUGA